GAUGCUGGGGUCGCCGGGCAUCGCUUCGAGCGGCGUGGGCGUGGGCGUCGUCGGAGCAGGAACAGGAACAGGAACAGGAACAGGAGGAGGAGGAGGCAGUGGCGGCUGGAAGGAGCACCUGCUGGACGAGGUGCCCGUGGCCGCCGAGGACGUGGGCGACGCCGUGACGUGCCUGCUGCACACGAUCCUCUUCACGCGCGCGCCGGGGCCCGUGCGGCCGAGCGAGGCCACGUGCCAGGCCUUCCCCAACAUCACGUACGCGCUGUGCGCCGUGGGGGACGUGAGUCGCAAGGUGGACCAGGCCGUGCGCAGCUUCGAGGAGGCGGUGGCGCAGCUGGGCGGCAGUCUGGCCUCGGCGGGCAGCAGCUACGUGCUGGGGGGCGGCAGCAGCGUCAUGACGCCGUACGGCCAGCCGGCCUCUGUGCACUCCAUAGGAGGCGUCGGCAGCAGCAGCAGCAGCAACGUGCGCGGCGCCAACAGUGGCUGCAUCGUGGUCACGUUCUUCGAGCGCAAGGUGAAGAAGGCGCUGUUCGGCCUCAUGUCCAACGAGGAGAAGGCCGUGUUCGAGAAGUGGAUCCUACCCGUCACGGUCACGUCGUCGCCCGCUGCGUCACAAGAGGAGCGGGAGCUGUGUGCGGGGGAGACGGAGGCGGCGCUGCAGAACGCGCUGCUGCACAUUCUGACGGCGGUGCAGAGCAUCGAGCACAUCCCGAUCGCCAUGUACGACUUCGAGAUCAGGACGUACAAUACUCUGGAAGAGGCGCAGGUCGGCAGCAGCUACGGCGGCGGACUGGGCAGUGCCAGCGUGCGGCUCAUGCCGUAGAUGAGAAGUACUGCAUCACUUUCAUACAUAUAUUUAUCAU